UACGUCGAUAGAUUGACGUGGAUUUAAUGCUUAAAACAAACGUGUUUUGAUUUUUGUAAUUCUGUCUGAGGAUGAUGAAUAGACGGAGCGUAAUUCAGAGCUAUGGCUUUGUCCUUUUCUUUGUUGCGGUGCACUACGCGCAUGGAGACCUGAGCUAUUCUGUACAGGAGGAGCUCAAACGCGGAUCAGUUAUUGGAAAUAUCGCCAAGGAUCUCGGAUUGGAGGUCGGGAGAUUGUCUGCUCGCAAAGCUCGUGUUGAAAUCGAGGGAAAUGACAGACAAUAUUGCGGGAUUAACCUCCGAAGUGGAGAUUUAAUCGUUGCGGAAAGAAUAGACAGAGAGGAGCACUGUGGAGAAAAGCCUUCGUGUGUUCUGAAAUUCGACUUGCUGUUAGAGAAUCCAUUGGAGUUACACCGGCUGUCUCUGCAGGUGCAGGACAUAAACGACAAUGCACCAUUUUUCCAGAAGGACACUGUAAAGCUGGAAAUUAGAGAGUCAGCUGCCAAAGGAGCUAGGUAUCGCAUCAAUGCAGCACAAGAUGCAGAUAUAGGCAAGAACUCAGUUGAAAGCUACAUUUUGCAAGAAAACUCUCACUUUGUUUUCAGUAUUCAGACGACAAGUGCUGGCAGUAAAUACGGCGAGUUGGUUUUAGAAAAAGAGUUAGACCGAGAG